AGUCUCCAAAUUUUUUUUUGAACAGCCAAGUCAAAAUCUCCCUUACAAACUGGAUGGAUCCACGAUACCUUGAAGCACCAUCCUUUAAUAAAUCCUCUUCCAAUAGUACACUUCUACAAGGAACUUCUCUGGGUGUUUUUCCUGUGUAAGAGAGAAUGGCAAGAAUGAAAGAAACAGCUGGACUAAAUAUUCUCUGGGUAUCACUCACCUUGAUGAUACUGACUGUAUUUGCAGACCCAGAUCCUUUACAGGAUCUCUGUGUAGCUGACAUGGCCACAGGCACUGUGAAGGUGAAUGGAUUCAUAUGCAAAGAAUCCAGCAAAGUAAAUGCCUCAGAUUUCAAGUUCUCAGGGCUGGCCAAGGAAGGAUCAACAAAUAAUUCAGUGGGAUCUAAUGUAACAGCUGCAAAUGUACUCAAAUUUGCAGGGCUAAAUACAUUGGGAAUAUCUAUGGGCCGAGCAGACUUCGCUCCAGGAGGUGUAAACCCACCUCACACACACCCUCGUGCAACUGAAAUUAUCUUUGUUUUGAAGGGCUCUCUGGAGGUUGGAUUCAUAACCACAAGUAACAUGUUAUAUUCUCAGAUUGUGAAAAAGGGGGAUGUUUUUGUGUUUCCAAAAGCGUUGGUGCAUUUUCAGAGGAAUGUCGGAAAAGGUAAAGCAGCUGUACUUACUGCUUUUAACAGCCAGCUGCCUGGAACUCAGUCUAUUCCAGUUACUCUGUUUGGAUCUACUCCUCCUAUUGAUGAUGCAGUGCUGAGUAAGGCAUUUCAUAUUGAUGGUGGUGAAGUUGAGAAAAUAAAAUCUAACUUCAAGCCUAAAUAGGAUUUCCCCCAUUUUUCUCCUUAGAUGUAUGGGUUAUUAUUUGCAUCAGGUUGUAAUAAUAAGGCCUUGAGGCUAUUGUGACAACAUAAAUUAGAUUGUUUUGCAUCAGAUCUGCAUCUGUAAGGCAGCUUCUCAUGAAUUUUCGCUUCUCCUUGGGAGGUUAAAAAUGUACAAUCUUUCCUUUGCAAUGUUGGUGUUGAUUCAAUGUGAUCAAUUUUCCUUUACUUUA